AUGUUUCGCUGCUUCGGGUUCGGUUUUGGGCGAAAACCUCGGCGCUGUUGCUGCUUUGUGCCCAGAGAUAAAGAAACAGUUACUUUCUCCAGAGUGUCUCAUGGAGCUUCCUUUGAAGCUGAUCAGCAGCUGCUGGAUCAACUCAAUGAAUCUCCUCAUUUCCAGCUGGAAGAAGCAGAUCUGAAUGACUGUCAGAUUAUUUUUGUGUUCUGUAUCAUCAACACUCGCAUAGAGUCAGACGUGAAGGCUGCCAUGGAACAAAUCCCAGAACCAGCUGGUGAUAAACCUGUAAUUCUUGUUGUGAUGCACCACAUCAGAGACAUCGACUUUACAACAACAAAGAAGAAAUGGAAGGAAAAAUAUGAACGAGUUCAGCUUGAUGUGGAAGUUCUCUUUCACAGGACUGAAGGAGGCUUACUGAGAUGUGAGAAGAACAAACAGGCUCUUGAACAAAUAAGAAAAAAUGUUCAAAUAAGAAAUAAACAGCUGCUGGCUAAACUCAAUAAAUCUCCUCAUUUCCAUCUAAAAGAAGCAGAUCUGAAUGAAUGUCAGAUUAUUUUUGUGUUCUGCAUCAUCAACACUCGCAUAGAGUCAGAUGUGAAGGCUGCCAUGGAAAAAAUCCCAGAAUCAGCUGGUGAUAAACCUGUGAUUCUUGUUGUGAUGCACCACACCAGAGACAUCGACUUUACAACAACAAGGAAGGAAUGGAAGGAUAAAUAUGAACGAGUUCAGCUUGAUGUGGAAGUUCUCUUUCACAGGAGUGAAGGAGGCUUACUGAGAUGUGAGAAGAACAAACAAGCUGUUAAACAAAUGAGAAAAAAAAUAAAAAAGUAGAGGAAAAAUGGUGGGAAGAAGGGGAAAAAAAGAGGGACUGAUAAGGGAGGAAAGGAGAAGAGGAAAGAGGAAAGCAGAGACUAGGGAGGAGUAAAGGAGAAGGGGGGACAUGAGUCCAGCAGGAAGGAGGAGG